AUGACGGCUGGUCUGAAAACAAUCAUCGCGCUCUCCUUUGUUCUCGCGAUUGGCUUUCUCCUCGUUAUUCUCUCCUCGGCUCUCUGGCAUAACUUCCUGCCACUAACUGUUGUUGCGACCUACGUUAUUGCGCCGCUCCCAAACUGGAUCUGUUCAAGAUGCGCAAAUCCAGAUGACUUCAUGGACAGCUCCGGCAAUGCUGCCGCUGAUUUUGGCCGUUUCUUGACCGGAUUCCUGGUCUUGAUGGGCAUUGCUCUUCCAGCCGUUCUCGCGCACAGCGGUGCGAUCCAAGUACCUGCCAUGAUUAUGUCCGUCGUCGGUGGUCUGUUGAUUUAUGGAACGAUCAUCAGUUUCUCCAUGUUUUUCCGAGAACAAGAAGAAUUCUGA